AUGCCAUCGACACAUCUAGAUUCCGAUAAUGCUAGCGUCAAGAAAGGCUUUCGCGUUGAAGAAGACGAAUUGGGAACUUUCAGUUCGAGUCUCACGCCAGCAACAACUCAUGAGACGACCAGGCGGAGAUCCGUCUCCUCUCACCCCGAGGAGUCUCAAGAUGUCCCCGAAUUGUACACAGUGCCUACUACGAGAACCCGAAGGGACUCGCACAUGGGAGAAGCUCUGGAAAAUCUAUCGCGGACACUUUCCAUCACUGACCGACAUGGGGAUGACGACUAUCAACUCAAUACUGUGCCCUCUACCCGCAUGGAACGAAUCGGAACGCGCCGUUCGUCUCGGUUGCCCGAUCUACAAGAGGAAGCUGGCUCUCCAUCUGAGUCAAAGUCCCAGGGUGUUCCUCCUGAACUCGGUAGCUUAACGGCAGAGGUGAUUUUCGUUCUUGUUUGUUCGGCUGGCCUGCUACUGUUUUCGUUUUUCCUCGCCGAUAUCACAGUCACCCAAGAAGAGUUCAAAGGAGCUCUUGGAAUUCGCAACAGCGAGCUUCCCUGGCUACUCGGUUCUUUCACACUUCCACUUAGUCUCUCUGUGGUCAUAUCCGGCUCAUUGAGUGACUUGACACCUCCGAGGUCCUUAAUGAUCGGGGCUUUCGUUUGGCUAACUAUUUGGAACAUUGUGGGUGUCUUCUCAAUCCACCCCAAGACGGCGAUUCUGUUCUAUGUUGUACGUGCAAUGCAGGGGAUCUCCGUGGGGGUAUUGGUUUCUGGGUCCAUGAGCAUCCUUGGUCGCGUAUACAAGCCAGGCCUUCGGAAGAAUCGAGUCUUUUCUGCAAUGUCAGCAACCUCGCCCUUUGGAUUUUGGUUAGGUGGGAUUCAGGGCGGUGCUCUGAAAUCUUAUCUGUACUGGAUCUUCGGUUCCAAUGCUAUUAUCUGUGCUCUAUGUCUUCUUGCAGCCUGGUUUACCAUGCCCUCUCUCCUUCCAGUUGCUGACAUUGUCGGAGCCGAUGUACCAAGCAUUCGCCAAUUCGAUUUCCUUGGCGCUGGCUUCAUUGCAAUCGGCUGUAUCUGUGUGCUGUUCGGGUUGACUCAAGGCGCUGUGAAAAUGUGGCCGCCCUACACGUACGCCUUGAUUGCAGUCGGCGUUGUUCUGAUUAUCGCGUUUUUCUUCAUCGAACACUGGGUGGAGCGACCUCUGAUUCCCAAUGGGCUCUGGAAGACGAAAGGCUUUACACCAUUAAUGAUUGCCUACUUCAUCGGCUACGGUGGCUUCCAGGGUGCUUGGCAGUUCUAUGCGGUUCAGUUCUGGUUACGAAUCCAGCAAAAUACUCCUCUCACGGUUGCACUCUACCUUCUCCCCAAUGCUAUUGUCGGGGUGCUCGCGACCUGGGUGGUGAGUCGAACUCUUCACGUGGUCCCGGGUCACUAUAUCUAUUUCACUGCGAUGGUUGCAUUUGGCUUGGGGCCCGUUUUCUUCCUCCCACAAACCCCAAACACGUCAUACUGGGCACUGUCCUUCCCUGGUGUGGCCCUCGUUACCUUCGGUCCGGAUCUCUCUUUUGCAGCAGCGUCAAUUUAUAUCACCAGCAAUGUCCGUCGCUCUUAUCAAGGCAGUGCUGGGAGUCUGCUAGUGACAAUGCAGAACUUGAGUUCCGCAAUCAUGACAGCGGUCGCAGAUGCCAUCGGCACCCAAGUCGACCAGGGACCAGAUGGCGACAUCGGCUUGAAAGGAAUCCGUGCCAUCUGGUGGUUUGGGCUUGCAUGUGAAGUGGUUGCGGCAUUCAUCACGUUGAUUUGGGUGCGAAUUCCUAAAGAGGAGGAGAAAGAACAUGUUACCUAA